GCCCGACGAGAUAUGGUCUUCGCCUGCUUCGGCGUCCUCCUGAUCACCUCCGCCGCCGUUGCCGCCGCCGCGUCCCCGGAUGGCCUCACCCAAGUGGAUGUGGCGAAGCAACUGAAGGAGGAACUAUUGGGGAGGAACCCAGGGAAUGAGAUGCUCAAGUCGUGGAAUGGAGCAGACCCUUGUUCCCCAUCUGCGUGGGAAGGGUUCUCUUGCCAAUUAAAAGAUGGUAACCGUGUCGUAGUUAAGCUAAACUUUUCUUCAAAGGGACUGCAAGGGCCAAUUCCCACCGCGAUGGGUAGCCUGACGGAACUAACUGAGAUUGAUCUGCAGGACAACAACUUCACGGGGUCUAUUCCACGAUCGUUCUCUGCGCUCACGCAACUGUUGAAGCUGUCAGUAAUAUGCAACCCUUUCUUGAUCAAUAAGCUACCUGAUGGUUUAUCUACCGGCAUGAAUUUCAGCUACGGAGGUUGUGCUGCCGAAGAUUACCAUAGUCCACCUGGAGCUGCCAAAGAGAGAACAUUUGUUAUUAGUAGUGUUGCCGGAGGAUCUUUGGCAUGUACUUUUGCACUUGGAUCGUUCUUUAUUUGUUUCAGUAAACGCGAAAAGCGGCCUCAGAAAACAGACUGCGCUUCUACAACAAAUCCUGUUUAUGAAGAAUGCAGCAUUGAAAUAACUACAAAUCCUGCAGUGCAACAGUUAUCCCUCAAAUCAAUCCACAAUGCAACAGGACAUUUCAAGACAUUGAUAGGAGAGGGUGGGUUUGGAUCUGUUUAUCAAGGUACUUUAGCACAUGGUCAACAAGUUGCAGUAAAGGUCCGUUCACCAUCAUCGACACAGGGAACACGCGAGUUUAACAAUGAGUUACGGCUACUUUCUGCUGUCUGGCAUGAAAAUCUGGUCCCACUUAUUGGCUAUUGCUGUGAAAAGGAUCAACAGAUUUUGGUUUAUCCAUUCAUGUCCAAUGGCUCACUACAGGAUCGCCUCUAUGGGGAGGCGUCAAAAAGAAAAGUUUUGGAUUGGGCCACCAGAAUAUCUGUUUGCAUUGGUGCUGCUAGAGGAUUAGUAUAUCUUCACAACUUUGCUGGCCGAUGUAUCAUACACAGAGACGUUAAGUCAAGCAACAUACUUCUGGAUCACAACAUGUGUGGCAAGGUUGCCGACUUUGGUUUUUCUAAAUAUGCACCUCAAGAAGGUGACAGCAAUGCAUCAAUGGAAGUGAGAGGAACGGCUGGAUAUUUAGACCCUGAAUACUAUUCCACUCAGGUGUUAUCAACCAAAAGUGACGUGUUCAGUUUUGGAGUGGUCCUCUUGGAAAUUGUAACGGGAAGAGAACCUCUUGAUGUUCAAAGGCCUCGAAGUGAAUGGAGCGUAGUUGAGUGGGCAAAACCAUACAUUAGAGAUUUCAGGAUUGAAGAAAUUGUCGACCCUGGUAUAAAAGGGCAGUACUGCUCAGAGGCCAUGUGGAGGGUCCUUGAGGUUGCAUCUGCAUGCACUGAGUCCUUCUCGACCUUCCGACCGAGCAUGGAAGACAUCGUGAGAGAGCUGGAGGAUUCCCUGAUCAUUGAGAACAAUGCCUCGGAGUACAUGAGGUCCAUGGAGAGCACCGGGACGUUCGGCUCCAACCGCUACCUAUCCAUAGACAGGAAAAUGUUUGGGUCAGGCUCAGCCCGGAUAGAUGCAGCAAAAUGUGCGUUGGAUUCGGCUCGAAUAGACGCGGGUAAAGGACCUUUGUAAACGCUGCCUUGGGUUCCGAGGUAACUCGCCUCCGUAUUGGAGAUCUUAGAAACGGUGUCCUCAUUCAUCCCCCAUGGUCUUCAUGGAUGCGAUGCUUGCUGAAGACACAACCUGAGUUUACUGUGAAGCCAUGAAUGGCUGAGGAGGGCAUGAAGAGGUUGCACUUACAUAGGCCAUGCAGACGCAGUGACCACAUAGCAGAUCCACGGCUGUGGCAGCGACAAAAGCUUUCCUGGAGAGGCAGUUUUGCCUGUAAAAUUUCCGUUAAUUCAAUACUAUGUGCUGAUGGUGAAUGUGCCAUGCAUGUGUGGCCCAACUAUUCUUUGGACUACUGUCGAUGUAUUAUUUGGCAAACUAAAACAAGAAAUGUUGAGGUAG